UUCUUUUGUUUUUAUUUCCAUUCGGUGCUAAACGUUGUGUGAAAAAAAAUCGUAUUUUAUUUUAAAAUUAUGGUGAAUUAGUGGAAAAAAUUAACAAAAAAAUGGAUGAAUUACAAAAAUUAGAACAUUUAUCUUUGGUCUCCAAGUUGUGCACCGAACUGGACAAUCACUUGGGUAUUAAUGACAAAGAUUUGGCCGAAUUCAUAGUAGAAUUGGAAGAAAAAAAUCCCACAUUUGAGGAAUUUCGCAAGGCCCUUAUAGAAAAUGGAGCAGAAUUCCCCGAUUCUUUAAUUUCUAAUCUUCAGCGUAUAAUAAAGUUAAUGAAACCUUCGGCAGAUGGAAAACAAGCAAAAUCUUUGGAUGAUUCUAGCAGUGGAAGUGCAUCCAAUAAAUUGUCUAGUAAAACGGAACAUUUGGCCAUGAUGUUUCCCGGCUUGGCAUUGGCUAAUGAUAAAUUUAGUGCAGUAGAUGCACCAUAUGAAAGUUCAGCUUCGGAGGAGGAAAAUGACCGUGAGCCGGAUGAAAAGAAAGAGAAAAAAGUGGUAAAAGAAAAAAUACAUAAGGAGGAAUUGGAAGCGGUAGAUGCAGCCAUGCUAGAGCUGGAAGCCUUAGCACCCGGCAUGGAAACAAAAGCCACAAAAAGUGAAAGGAGUGAUAGAAAGAAGGCCGAUAGAAGAUCACGCUCGAGAUCUAGAUCUCGUGAGAGACAUAGGGGCGGCAGUGAUCGUGAACGUAAAAGGGAUAAAAGUCGUGAUCGUCAUAGAGAUAAUGAGGCAUCCUGCAGUAAUGGCAAAGAACGCUAUAGAGAUAAAGAACGUGAUAGACGUUCAAGAUCACGUUCUCGUGACAGGCAAAGACGUUCCCGGUCGCGUGACACAGCCCGUAGACACAGACGUUCUAGAUCACGUUCUAGAGAAAGACAAAAUGAACGCAAAAAACGUUCCAGAUCAAGAGAACGCAGGCGACGUUCACGUUCUAAAUCCCGAGAUAGAUCAAGACGUUCUCGUUCCCGUUCAAAAGAACGUUCUAACCGUAAACGUAGAUCCGGUUCUCACGAAACGAAAAUGCGUGAGAAAAUGCCACCACCAGCGGCCAUGGCAGAUGAUCCAGAACCUGGUAAAAUAUAUUCGGGAAAAGUUGCAAAUAUUGUGCCUUUUGGCUGUUUUGUGCAACUUUUCGGUUUGCGCAAACGUUGGGAGGGUUUAGUGCAUAUCUCACAGCUGCGUUCCGAAGGACGUGUUACCGAUGUCACUGAGGUGGUAAAUCGAAAUUCCAAUGUUAAGGUUAAAGUCAUGUCAGUUACCGGACAAAAAGUAUCACUCUCAAUGAAGGAAGUUGAUCAGGAUACGGGCCAGGAUUUGAAUCCUCUUAGUCAUGCUCCCCCGCCAGAUAGUGAACUUAAAGAUCGUAACCCCGAUAGACCAUUUGGAGGAGGAACUUCUCUGCUAAAUCUGCAAGGUGGUGGUGAUAAUGAUGAAGAUGAUUCACGUAAACGUGUCACACGCAUUUCGAGUCCGGAACGUUGGGAAAUUAAGCAAAUGAUCAGUUCGGGAGUAUUAGAUCGCAGUGAAUUGCCCGAUUUCGAUGAAGAAUCUGGUCUUUUGGCCAAGGACGAAGACGACGAGGAGGAUAUAGAAAUUGAAAUUGUUGAAGAAGAACCUCCCUUUCUGGCGGGUCAUGGCAGAGCUUUACAUGACUUAUCGCCCGUGCGUAUAGUUAAAAAUCCCGAUGGUUCAUUGGCCCAAGCCGCCAUGAUGCAAUCGGCUCUCUCAAAAGAGCGUAGAGAGCAGAAAAUGUUGCAAAGAGAACAAGAUAUGGAUGCGGUUCCCACGGGCCUAAGUAAAAAUUGGAUAGAUCCCUUACCGGAUGAAGAUUCCAGCCGCACAUUAGCCGCUAAUGUCCGAGGCAUGGGUUCGGCUCCCAUGGAAGUGCCCGAGUGGAAAAAACAUGUUAUUGGUGGCAAAAAGUCUUCGUUUGGCAAGAAGACUGACAUGUCUCUAGUCGAGCAACGUCAAUCUUUGCCUAUCUACAAGCUAAGAGAUGAUUUGAUUAAGGCUGUUACCGAUAAUCAAAUUCUGAUAGUUAUUGGAGAAACAGGUUCGGGCAAAACAACGCAAAUUACCCAAUACUUGGCGGAGUGUGGUUUCACUGCACGUGGCAAGAUCGGCUGUACCCAACCUAGGCGUGUGGCUGCUAUGUCAGUAGCCAAGAGAGUGGCAGAAGAAUUUGGUUGUCGUUUAGGCCAGGAAGUGGGUUACACUAUACGUUUUGAGGAUUGCACCAGUCCAGAAACCUCUAUAAAAUACAUGACAGACGGUAUGUUGUUAAGAGAAUGUCUCAUAGAGGCUGAAUUAAAAGGCUACUCCGUCAUUAUGUUGGAUGAGGCUCAUGAACGUACCAUACAUACUGAUGUUUUAUUUGGUCUGCUGAAAACUGCCGUACAAAAACGGCCAGAAUUAAAACUGAUUGUCACCUCGGCCACAUUGGAUGCCGUGAAAUUUUCACAAUAUUUCUUUGAGGCACCCAUUUUCACCAUACCCGGUCGCACAUUCCCCGUAGAGGUUUUGUAUACUAAAGAACCGGAAACUGAUUACUUAGAUGCCUCCUUGAUUACCGUCAUGCAAAUACAUUUGAGAGAACCGCCCGGUGAUAUUUUACUUUUCUUGACCGGUCAAGAGGAAAUCGAUACGGCAUGUGAAAUUUUAUACGAACGUAUGAAAAGUUUGGGACCCGAUGUACCCGAAUUAAUUAUAUUGCCUGUUUAUUCUGCACUACCGUCGGAAAUGCAAACUAGAAUUUUUGAUCCAGCACCACCGGGCAGCCGUAAAGUCGUAAUAGCUACAAAUAUUGCAGAAACUUCGCUAACAAUUGAUGGUAUUUUCUAUGUGGUCGAUCCAGGAUUUGUAAAACAAAAGGUGUACAACUCUAAAACUGGCAUGGAUUCUUUGGUCGUAACGCCCAUUUCGCAGGCUGCUGCUAAACAACGUGCUGGUCGCGCUGGUCGUACUGGUCCCGGAAAAUGUUAUCGUCUUUAUACGGAAAGAGCUUAUCGUGAUGAAAUGUUGCCAACACCAGUACCAGAAAUACAACGUACCAAUUUAGCCACCACUGUUUUACAAUUGAAGACUAUGGGUAUUAAUGAUUUGUUGCAUUUCGAUUUCAUGGAUGCCCCACCGGUAGAAUCAUUAGUAAUGGCUUUAGAACAAUUGCAUUCCCUAUCGGCCUUGGAUGAUGAGGGUCUCUUAACACGUCUGGGACGGCGAAUGGCUGAAUUUCCCUUAGAACCCAAUCUCUCAAAAAUGCUCAUCAUGUCGGUGGCUCUACAAUGUUCUGAUGAAAUCUUAACCGUGGUCUCUAUGUUGAGUGUGCAAAAUGUUUUCUAUAGACCCAAAGAUAAACAGGCCUUGGCCGAUCAGAAAAAGGCCAAAUUUAAUCAAAUCGAAGGUGAUCAUUUGACUCUGCUGGCCGUCUAUAACAGUUGGAAAAAUAAUAAAUUCUCUAAUGCCUGGUGUUAUGAGAAUUUUGUGCAAAUUAGAACGCUCAAACGCUCACAGGAUGUACGUAAACAAUUGCUUGGCAUUAUGGACAGACAUAAACUGGAUGUGGUGUCAGCCGGUAAAAAUUCGGUACGUAUACAGAAAGCCAUUUGUUCGGGUUUCUUUCGCAAUGCAGCCAAAAAAGAUCCUCAAGAGGGCUAUCGUACUCUGGUCGAUUCUCAAGUGGUGUAUAUACAUCCAUCCUCGGCUUUAUUUAAUCGUCAACCCGAAUGGGUUAUCUACCAUGAACUGGUACAGACAACUAAGGAAUAUAUGCGUGAGGUAACAACUUGUGAUCCCAAAUGGUUGGUUGAAUUUGCUCCCUCCUUCUUUAGAUUCUCAGAUCCAACGAAAUUGAGUAAAUUUAAGAAGAAUCAACGUUUAGAACCACUCUAUAAUAAAUAUGAAGAACCCAAUGCCUGGCGUAUAUCGCGGGUGCGUCGUAGAAGGAAUUAAGUUGAUGAAAAGGGAUAAAGUAUACUUUAACUAUAAAUAUGUAUGUUUAGUUUUUUUUAUCUAAUUACUCUUUAAUAAAUAUUUAAAAUUAUAUAAAGUUUUGAUCCCUA